AUGUACUGCAGCGAACAAACAUGUAUUCACAUAUACGAGCUUGUUCUUUACACCCCGAAACCGCGCGUGCCGCGACCCAUCGUCAUUUACGUGUUUGUACUCGGCAAAGUCGAACAUUUAAGCAAGACAUCAAGAAUUCCUCGAGAAUUCGCCCUUUUUUUGGAUAAAAUUAGUGACGAUCCAACUCCUUGUAGCAACGAGGACGAAGAAAUCUCUAAACAAGGCUAUCAACACGAAGUUAACACCGAUAUUUUUCAGGCCAACUGCGAGCAUCUUGAUUCACCACCUCCUCAUUUAGUACAAACCUCACAUCCUGACGAAGUGCUUACACCAUUAAAUAUAGAAGUAACCUCUAGUUUCAAUAACUCACCAGCUGUUUACAUUGAAGAAUUUGAGAAUUUGAAGAUCCUAGAAUUUCUGUAUGCGGAAAUAUUAAACUUAUCCGGAGGCCCGAAAAGUAAUUACACAUUCCCGAAAAGUUUCCUAUUUGGCGUUUCUACAGCUUCAAUUCAAAUCGAGGGAGCGUGGAAUGAAGAUGGCAAAACAGAAAAUAUAUGGGACCACUUGGUGCACACAAACCCCAACUUUACCAAAGAUGGUUCUACUCCCGAGGUGGCGGCUGAUUCCUAUCAUUUAUACAAAAGAGAUGCUCAAAUGGUACACGAAUUAGGUGUAGAUAUUUACAGAUUUUCAAUAUCCUGGCCUAGGAUACUACCAACGGGCUUGGCGAACCAAGUCAAUCCUCUCGGUAUUCAGUAUUACAAAAAUCUUAUAAGCGAACUCGAGAGAUACAACAUCACGCCUAUGGUGACAAUAUAUCACUGGGAUCUUCCUCAAAAGUUACAAGACAUUGGUGGUUGGACUAACGCUCAUAUAGUCGACUAUUUUACGGAAUACGCCAAUAUUUUGUUCGAUAACUUUGCCAGUAAAGUUAAAUACUGGGUGACCUUUAACGAGCCUAUGCAGACUUGUUUGGAAGGGUACGGUAGUACUGGUAGAGCCCCCGCUCUCAAUCGCCACGGUAUUGCUGAGUAUCUUUGUACUCACAAUCUGCUAAAGGCUCAUGCCAGCGUCUACCAUUUGUAUGAUAGACAAUAUCGACCGCUUUAUAAAGGAAAGAUCGGCAUGUCCUUAGACUCAAAUUGGGCAGAACCGAAAACCAAUUCUUCAAAAGACCGACAAGCGGCUGAACUCUAUUUAAAAACUCAUGUCGGUUGGUAUGCGCACCCAGUCUAUUCAAAAGAAGGUAAUUAUCCCCCAGAACUGAUCAAGUUGGUCGAUGAAAAAAGUCGUCAGCAGAACUACAGUCGCUCUCGUUUACCGAAGUUUACAACUGAUGAAGUCGAGUAUAUAAAGGGAACAGCUGAUUUCUUUGGUCUAAACCAUUACACCACUUAUCUUUUAAGUAUGGCAGAAAGGGAAGUGGGACCAAUUCCUUCACACGAAAAUGACAUUGGCAUCGUUAGAGUUCAAAACCCCAAGUGGCCUUCGAAAUCAUCAUCUUCGUGGCUUAAGGUUGUACCAUUUGGCUUUCGUCGUCUCCUCGCUUGGAUUAGCAGGACCUAUAAGAAUGUUCCUAUAAUUGUAACGGAGAACGGUUACGCUGACUUCAGCGGCGUCGAGGAUACCGCUAGAGUGUCGUAUUACUGUCAUUACUUGAACUCCCUCCUGCACGCCAUACACGAGGAUCGCAGCAAUGUGCAGGGAUACUUCGCCUGGAGUUUGAUGGACAACUGGGAGUGGGACGAUGGAUACGUGUCCCGCUUCGGUCUUUACUUGGUCGAUUUCAAGAGUCCCAAUAAGACGAGGACGCCAAAGGCCUCGGCACGGCUGUACUCGAAAGUAGUAUCGUCACGAGCCCUACCCGCCAACUAUGAUCCCGAUGACUACAGUGCCUUCUCGGGGGCCCCGGCAGUCGUCCCCACGAUACUCUUCAUUUUACCCCUUUAUAGGCUACUCGUAUGACGUCGUUUCUACCACUAAUUUGCUGGCGUUGUCGCGCGCGACGUCGCGGCGUAGCUGCGCCUGGAUGCACGCGAACGACUUGCCCUUCGUCUCCGGCAGCACCGCGAGCAUGAACAGCAGCCCCAACAUGGAAAACACAGAGAAACCCCAGAAUACUGUGUAUAUUCCCCAAGCAUCCUUUACUACCUGAAACGAAAUAAUUUAUUUGUUAGAUAGAAAUUAUUUUAUGGUUAUUUUGUAAAUAAAACGAAUGAAAAACAUUAAUAAU